CCACUCCGUGUUUUGCGCUGCCCUUGUGCGCUCGGCUCGCCGCGCUCCGCGUCUCCGUUGCAUUCCGCUCUUCCUCACCGACACGGACGCAGCGCUUCUGUGCGUCCGGGAGAAGUUGUUGGCACACACACACACACACACACACACACACAGACACAGAGAGGGAGAGAGAGAGGGAGAGAGAGAGAGCACCAGGUAGCAUCUGUCUUCCUCUAACGGAUCUCUCCAGGCUGGGGCCAGUCGCACUCGGCGGGGUUGUGUGUUUGUGGUUAUUUUUUCCUCCUCCCCCCCCCUUCCCUUUUUUUGAGGGGAAGAUAUUUUGCGAUGAGGUGGACGUACCGGUAUCCAAAGUGAGGAGUGUGUUUUUUGGGGGGGUUGUUGUUGUUUGUUUAUUUGUUUUUUAAUGGACACCUGACACCGCGCUCAGUGGAGACAUCGUUCCAUCAGCCUCCCCCGGAUUCCUCCUCCUCCUCCUUCUUCUUCUUCUUCUCCUCCUCCUCCUCCUCCUCCUGUAUCCUGCCGGAGCUCGAGACGCAUCAGCCAGGAUCUCACUGAUGUAUGCAAUGUGGAAACUGCAAGUCGCCUUAUGCACUCUGUCGAUGCUGUCCCUGUCCUCCGGUGGUGAGAGCAAAGCGCGGAGCUGCAGCGAGGUCAGACAGGCUUACAACGCCAAAGGGUUCAGCCUCGUCAAUGUUCCUCAUCAGGAAAUAUCAGGUGAGCACCUGCGUGUCUGUCCUCAGGGAUACACCUGCUGCACGUCCGAGAUGGAGGACAAACUCAACCAGCAGAGCAAACUGGAGUUCGAGAGCGUGGUCGACGAGAGCAGCCACAACAUGAGGACGACAUUUGUCUCGAGGCAUAAAAAGUUUGACGAGUUUUUCUUGGAGCUUCUGGACAAUUCUGAGAAGUCUCUCAACAGUAUGUUCACACGGACAUACGGGAAGCUGUAUAAGCAGAACUCUGAGGUGUUCCAGGACCUGUUCACUGAGCUCAAGCGAUACUACACAGGGGGUAACGUCAACCUGGAGGAGAUGCUGAAUGACUUCUGGUCCCGGCUGCUGGAGCGCAUGUUCCAGUUACUCAACUCUCAGUACCACUUCACAGACGACUACCUGGAGUGCGUCAGUAAAUACACAGAUCAACUAAAGCCCUUUGGAGAUGUGCCCAGGAAACUCAAGGCCCAGGUCACCAGGGCCUUCAUUGCUGCACGGACGUUUGUCCAGGGCCUCAUGGUGGGUCGGGAAGUUGCCAAUAGAGUCGCCAAGGUGAACGUAGCUCCAGCGUGCGUCAGAGCCUUGACCAAGAUGCUGUACUGUCCGUACUGCCGCAGCAUGCCUGGGCUGAAACCCUGUCACAACUACUGUCACAACGUCAUGAGGGGCUGUCUUGCAAACCAGGCAGACCUCGAUCCUGAAUGGAACCUCUUCAUCGAUGCCAUGUUGCAGGUGGCAGACAGACUGGACGGACCCUUCAACAUCGAAGCAGUCAUAGAGCCAAUUGACAUCAAGAUCUCCGACGCUAUUAUGACCAUGCAGGACAACAGCAUGCAAGUGUCUGCCAAGGUUUUUCAAGGGUGUGGCCAACCAAAGCCUUCAGGAGUAGGCAGGUCUGCACGUGGCAUCUCGGAUGUGUUCAAUGCUCGCUUCAGGCCCUACACCCCCGAAGAAAGGCCGACCACAGCAGCCAGAACAAGCCUGGACAGACUGAGGGUUGUCUGGAGGACAAUGCAACACAGUGUGACUGACAUCAAAGAGAAGCUGAAGGAGUCCAGGAGGUUCUGGUCCAACCUGCCAGAUGACAUCUGUGCCAAGGGCAAGCUCACAGAAUCUGAUGAGGAGCAGUGCUGGAACAGCCACACUAAGGGCAGAUAUUUCCCUGAAGUGGUGAAGGAGGGUCUAACCAACCAAGUGAACAACCCGGAGGUGGAUGUAGAUAUCACUCGGCCUGACACACUGAUCCGGCAGCAGAUCAUGGCUCUGCGUGUCAUGACCAACAAGCUCAAGAAUGCCUACAACGGAAAUGACAUCUACUUCCAGGACUCCAGUGACGAGGGCAGUAGCUCUGGCAGUGGCAGUGGCUGCUCCGACGGCUGCACAACAGAGUUUGUAUUCGUUGGAACAGAGGCUCCUGUGAUCGGAGCUGACAGGAGCGAUGAACGUGCAGCUGCAGCCGCCGCAGGCAAGUCACUUUCCCAUGGACCCUCCCUACUGCUGGUGAUGGCUGCCCUCACUCUCCCACUUUGGGCGAUGCAGACUCGAUGGAGAUAAUACACGAGCGUGGCCUCAUCACUGACUUGUAUGCUGUUGCACACAGUAUGUUUAACAGCAAGUUCUACUGCUGUUCCCUCACUGGACAUGUAGAACCUCCUGGAAACCUGUCGAGAACGGCUCACUGUACGGUAGGACUGGGUGUGAGCGCAGUGCUGCAUCCUGCUCGUCUCCCAAAGAAUGCUUGGUGCCAUCACUGAACCAGCUUUCUCAUCUCUGAAAAAAAAAGAAAAAAGAAUAUGUGGUGUAUUGUCAUUAUUCUAAAGUGGAUUUUCAAAAACGUGCUUCUCUUUUAGAAAGUGACACCAUCUUGAGAUGGCUCUGUCAAGGAUUUUUUCAGAUGAAAGGGAAUCUAUUUUUCUUUUUCUUAGUACGCUGAAGUUGUGAAAACAAGACACCCAUUUUGUCCUAUUAGUCUUCUUUCCCUCAGACAAAAAGGAUCGAGUCUUAAUGUGUGUAUGCAUGGAAAUGAUGUAAACUUUUCUUUUUUUCUUGAAUGCAGGCUACACAGUUUUGGAUUGGUUGGUACAGGAUUGAGAGUUGGCAGUUCACCUGGUUUCCCGUUCGGUCAUAUCAGUGCAGCUUCAGGAAGCAGCAGUUUUUCUUACAGCCACUUUAUAGUUGCACAUUUGAUUAAAACCUCUCUAAGAAAGUGCUAAUGUACUGCACUAAGAGAACUACUUUGCACAGAUUAUUUUUGUUGGCUUCAUAAGUUUAUAAAGCUACAUUAAACAUCCACCCCAUAGAAAAAGAAGAUCUAUAUUUUCAGAUUGUUUAACUGAUUGUAUUGUACUUAAACAGUUACAGUAUGCAUUUUACUGCAUUGUACUGUAAUGUAACCUUCCUGGUUUAGUUAAUGGCUACAUUUUUAUAAAUGCAUUAUUGUGAUUUUAGAAGUGACUUGCUCACCGUCAAAUGAAAAGUUUUCGCCGCAACAGAAAGCCACUAUCCUACAGCUCAGUUAUUUCCGUCCUUUUGUUUGGAUAUUUUACAUACGCCCAAACAAUUCCUCUAUUAUUUCUCAGAGGACUCAGAUUAUAUUGAUAAUGUUAGGUAUUUGCAAAUUAAUUUUUCAUUUAUCUUUAAAUCGUCGGCAUACUUUCAUUAUUUACGAUUAUGUUUUAUUUCCUACGUUUUGCAUUACUUGCUCAUACAUAUAUGGGAGGUUACCAAUGGUAACCGUAGCCCUCUUUAAGACUCCAGCCGUCUUUAAGUCACCCUGAAAUUUGCAUGUUCUGGCUAAUGUCCAUGUUCUGGUUAAUGAGAACAGACCCACCACCCCUGCAGGCAACAGGUUGUAUAAGUGGUCAUGUUCAAACCAACUGGAAAAGAAGCAGGGUGCCAAGGUUAGGGGGCCUCUGACUGUGCUCUUAGAAUUAGUGUUACUAUUCAUAACCUUCAUUUUAUCUCCUAUGGGGUUUGACCUCGAACGGGCUCUAGAGGCGUAGGGAGCAAAGCCAAAUAGCUUGCGCUCCACCAGCACAACACAAUGCUGGCAAUACAUAAAGGGCAGGUUACAGAGAUGUUCACUGUUACAUGAAAGAGGGCCUUUGAGGCAGCCCCCCCCCCCCAUGCUGGAGUGUGUGUGUAGGCUCCAAAGUUGUCACAAGCAACACCAAGGCGCCUGAAAUAAUUUCACAUAAGUAAGCCAAUAAGUACGUCUCUUGUCUCAACAGGGACCCUACCCACACCCCACUGCUAUGAUGCAUUACCAGCUGAUGUGAGCAUCUUAAAAGAGACCAGGCAUUUCACUUUGCAUACUAAAGAUGGCACUUGACACACGUUUUCCCUCACGGAUGCCAGCAUGAGGGAAGAGUGAAAAAGCAUCAAGCUACGCGCUCCUUACCAAGUUCUGAAAAAAACAUCUAAAGAAAAAAAAAAAAGGCGCAGGUGAACUGUGGUCCUUAUGUGGGCGCUUAAAAUGUUCAGACAACUAGAGUUGACAGAUAUCUGCAUUGCCAAAGUCUGUGGUAGCGUCAUGGCAGUCCUCACAGACAGACCCAUGAGGGGAACCGCUCCUCAGCGGGCUCAUGAGAGCGACCACAAGAGAGACACCAGGCACCACAGGAAUCCCAUUGCAGAGCAAGUGACCUCUGUCACCCCACUCCCAGCAGAAACCGCUUGGGGAAAAGGUGACCAGCAGCUUCCCACCAAGAACAUCGUUAUUAAAUGAAAUCACUGAUGUGAUACGCCCUAAUUGUGUAGAAAGACAGGACUGUGUAAAAAUUGAACUGAACAACGAAAGGUCCUCCGACAUCAAACUGUCCAAUUUAGUAAAACAGCACCGGGGCAGGCUGGUUCCAUCCACUUAUUUUAGAAAUGUAAGUGCUGGAAGAAGACAAAAAUGUUUUUACUCUUAGCGGAGAUGAAAGAUUAUGUUUAGAUAAGAACAUAGUAAAGGAAACAGAAUUGACGAAUCGCAAUCACGUUCAUAAAGGAUGAAGCCGAAAAAUGGCAGCAGAGUGAAACAUGUUAUCUUUACAGACUGAUAGGAGAUUGUAACAUUACUCAAAUUAAUACAAAACUUAAAUGGCAUAUUUCCAUCAUAUUUUCUUGAUGGUUUCCCACUUUUGACUGAUGCUUUUUUUGAUUGUGAAUGAAUCGUGCUCUCUUCUUCUGCUAAAGUUUCGUGGCACAGGAGUGGAGAUCUAGUGAUGUCAGCUCUUCAUCUCAAUGUGCCCAACAGCUCUUUUUUACAUGACAUUAGUAGAUGGAAAUGCAUUAAGUAGCUUUUUCAUUUGCUCAAUUUGUCUUAAAAUGUGUGGUUUUGGGUGAAAAAUUUGACCAGAAACGGUUGUUGACAAGUAGAAACACAACCCGUAUAAUGUCACUUAUCGAAUUAUGAAUCAGUAUCUAGCAAGGUGGUCACCAGUUCAGCAGUAAUUAGAUAAUGAAGAAAUUAUUUGAACGACAUACUGUCCAGGUAGCUUAUAGCAAACUAAGAAAACAGCUAGGAAAAUUUACAGAUGACUCCCAAGAACAUUAUCCACAGAGAAAUUGUCACCAGUGGGAGACCACCCCCCCCCCCUCCCCCCCCUUUUUUAAAGAUGUGGGUCGGUCAAUGCAUUCUGAUUGGCCGAAAGAAAGUACAUGCAAAUUUCAGUGCGUGCUGCAGGGGUGACUGAGCAGGCCUGUGGAGCCUUUUCUAGGUCAAACGCCUGUGUGAGACAGAACCAGGGGAGCAAUGAAAACUAAACACACACAUAAACACAGUUUACCCUCCUUUCAAUCUCUCGGAUAGUGUUUACUCAACUGCUUAUGCAGGCCGUAGAUGAGUUACACUCUUAUCUUGCUUUUCCUCUUGGAUGUGUUGCGUUGCUUGUGUGUAAUCUAAUAUCUGGACAUGAGCGCAGAGAGCCCACCAGCCAACUGUGUUGAGGAGAGGUGAAACUAUCUGAUCCGCUGCAGCACACUCACACAGAUGAGUCACAUGGGUGGUAGUUAGAGAGAACUGACAUCCGGCGGUGACCGUUUAUAAUGUACUGAAUAUUGAAUCAAUUAUUGAAUAAUUUAAAAAUCAAAUUAUCCUUAAAGUAACUAGCCGUCAGGCCCGAGGUGCAGCAGCAGAUAUCCUGGUUAGGAUGAAGGGGUAACAAAUGCGGCCAUUGGAGCUCAUGAAGUUCAGACUGAUGAUUCAAUUGUAGCUUUGGAUGUUUACAUUUCUCACUCGAUACAGAAUGUAACACCAAGUGUUUUGUCCGCACUUUUUUUUCGACGUCGGGUGGGGUGUCAUGUUGUUUCCUAAAUCUAGACUCAGUUGUGCAGAAACAGAGUUACAUCCAGAUGGUCUUUGUGCUUUGGUGAUUCUAUAAUUGGUAAAUGACAUGAAUAUACAGUGUACAACAGGAAGAGAAAAGAGCUGACGUGGGUUACAUAUCGCCUAAGCCAAACAGCCAUAUUAAUUAAAUUUGCAAGUAUUAAAAACUAUUGUGGAGGCAGAUGUUUCUCGUGAGGGAUGGAAGUGAGUCAGUACAAUCGGUACAGAGUGUGUUUGAUAACCAGGCAGGGAGGUAGACAUGUGACUUCAGCAUUGGCACUGCUGCCUCCUCAGCGAAGCUUAAAGACUACGUGUGUGAGAGUGUUGAAACUUCUUCAGCCUCUUCAGACAAAACUAAGGUCAAAUGCACCUGAGAAAAGAGAAAAGCCUCUGCAAGCUCUGUGAUUGCAACAAUAAGAGUUUGGACUGAGUGAGGAUAUCUUUCCUGGUAUUCCUGAAAUAUAGUAGAGGAUGGAACGGAGAAGGUCAAAUAUUUCCAGAGAGCUGGUAUCAUUACAGCCUUCUCCAAUUACAACGAGAGGUAGGUUUUCCACUGCCUGUGUAUUCAUCUCUCUCCUAACGACCUACGUUACCCUGGUCAGACUUCCUCAAUGCUGAACUUCAUUUUUUCUGAGCCUCGUUUUUAGGUUUUAUUAAUUAUCUGGCAUUUGAAAAGCUGAAAAAAAAAAAAGUCAAAUUGUAGUUGGCGGAGGGUUUUUUUUACAGAAUGUUUAGAAGAAAACGUGUCAUGCAAGGUCUUUUACAUUUGGAUGUUUAUCAUUUGUUGCACUUUGCUAAAACCUACUGUAUGCCGUGAGUGUGGUAAAAUUUGCAAAAUCCGAUAACUAAGGAGCACAUUACGAUUUUUGGAGCCGUCAGUGCACGCUGUUUAGAGUGUUUGUGGGGGAACUGGAGUUGAUGGUUAUACAAGCAGACAUGCCUUACCAUUUUUUAAAAGACUGAAAUGGAUUGCUUAUUUGGCUUUUGUUACACAUUCUUGUAUACAGAAAAUAAUACAAAGGUAAAAAUAAACAUUUUAUUAUAAAAAAAACAA